AUGGCUCGAGUCUCCUUCGUGACGCGCGAAAGGGCUAAUAUGAAAUGGACCCUCAAAAAGGUUUUCAAAAAGGAUGGGUUUCGUCCGCUGCAGGAAGAGGUCAUUAUAUCUGUUAUUGAAGGACAUGAUGUCUUUCUCCAGGCCUCAACUUCUUUUGGAAAGAGUCUCUGCUACCAAUUACCGGCAGUGCUGAAGGAAUGGGGACUGACUCUGGUCGUAUGUCCUUUACUCGCACUGAUGACGGAUCAAGUGAACUACUUGAAGGGUCUGGGCGUGUCAGUCGCGACGAUCAAUUCAAACACCUCUUCUGAAGAGAGGCAACGAGUCAUGGACGACAUGCUAUGCGGUCAUCCCAGCACCAGAAUUCUCUAUGUUACACCAGAGUUGUUACAGACUGAGAACUUUCGUCGUCGCUUGCUCAUUGUGCACAGGCAACGCCAGCUCGUUCGUGUUGCAAUUGACGAAGCCCAUUGCAUCAGUGAAUGGGGGCAUGACUUCCGCACCGCUUAUAAAGAGCUUGGCUGGCUCAGAAAAAACCUGGUCAAUCCUAAAAUUCCCAUUACUGCUGUCACCGCGACAGCCACGCCCAACGUCCGUGAGGAUAUCAUCGGAAUCCUUGGGUUGAAUCUCAAUGACUUGAGGCUCUUCAACACCCCUUCAGAUCGUCCUAACAUUCACUACGAGGUUCGAUAUCGUCCAAAUCUCGAAGACGACAGCGCCGAAGCAGAAAGCAGUCAGCUUCUCAACUUGCACAAUUGGCUGAAAGCCACGCGACUACGCCGAGAGGCACGACUAGGAAUUGAGGGUUCUCAGAAUCCACCAAUGUCAGGCAUCGUUUAUGUGGGAACUCGGAUGAUGGCUGAGCAGUUGGCCGUCAAACUAUCCUCUGACGAGACUGUCCACGCGAUUGCAUAUCACGCUGGCGUGGAAGCAAAGAAGCGAUCCGAGAUUCAAUCCACCUGGAAGUCCUCUCGGUCUUUCCAACCAGCACAAGGAAGACCAAAUCCUACAUUCUCAAUUAUUGUUGCAACAAAUGCCUUCGGCAUGGGCAUCGACAACCCUGAUGUUCGGUUCGUCGUUCACUGGACACCACCCAAAAGUUUUGAGAGUUUCGUGCAAGAAUCAGGCCGUGCAGGCCGAGACGGCUGUGCUGCGGUGUCGCUUGUUUACUACGGUAUUCAAGAAAGAGACCACAUUCGAAAUCUCAUCUUCCGCGACGCAGAAAGCCAUCGUGGACCCAAUACCAAAGAAAAUCGGGAUGUCAAGGUUUUAAGUUUCGGUAAGGUUAUAAAGUACUGCGAGACCAUCACAAGAUGCAGGCAUGAGCUUAUUAAGGAGUUCUUUGGUGACCACGAGCUAGAGGAAAUGGGAUCACAGCGGCCCGCGAGUGACAAUGUACCCGUCAGUUCAUCUCCUUGUGAUUUUGCCUGUGACUUCUGCAAGGAAGGACGUGGGGGAUUAGCGAUGCGCCGGGCGAAAAUGGGCUCAGAAACGGAGCUAUACGCGUAUAAUGAGUGA